AUGUCACCCAUGUCAACCAUGUCAACCAUGUUUCAAGAUGCAAGCGACAAUGAACACACAAAGAAAGAGGGACUAUGUUCGUCUUUCUCGGUAGACAAUGUACCUUCCAUACUUGAUCCCAACUCGCUACUGCCUUCUCUCCAAAUUCGCACCGACCUACCCAUUGUCCGUCCGUCAAGUUCGCGGGACUUUGAUCCUUAUUCUUCGAACAGUUUGUGCGGAAGUUACCCUCGCCGUACCCCGAGUCUUCGUGCCCUCAUUGCGCCACCUUUGUCCAGCGCAGGGUCAUUAUCCCCGGCAUCCAUAAUGUCAUCGCCGCAACUGAACGCGAUGGGUGACAUCACUCCAUUGCCGUCGCCAAUUGGGGGAGGCUCACCGUGGCGAAAAACCGAUCUACCUUCCCUAUCUCGCUCCUCGUCCAUGGCGUCGCGCAACGGGUCUAGCCUUCGUCUGAGCGAUUCAUCGCAGAUGCUUGGGCCGCCUGUCAUGUCUCGCCCGCGCGCAAAACCAUACAACGGCAUUGAUGGACAAGGGGACGAGUCGCCCAUAACAAAUCGGCAGCGGCGCGAUUCACCUCCGAAGCAUUCUCAGCAUUCUCAUUCCCGAAACCGCAGUUUAAGUGACUAUGCGCCUCCUGGUCGGGUUACUGUCCCUCCCCGUCCGAUUGCGGUUUCGGGGAAUUCUGGACUUGGGAUCGCGUCCUCGUCAAGCAUUGACUCGAAGUCCAAUGGCCUUCAUCGCGAGCAGUAUCUGGCAGUUCACCGAGGCAUCGCAUUGCCGACCAUCCGUCCUCCCAGCCCACCCCGCAGCAGCGGCAGUGGGUAUAGUGACAAUGAGCCCGUCAUUCAUCACCCCAUGCCGCUCUCCACGCCCCAGGAGAUCUAUUCCGUCCGAUCCGUUCGCACAGAGCAGGCUCGGAUGUACCAGAAAAUCCGGGUAUUGGGCCAGGGCACGUUCAGUCAGGUCAGCUUGGCAGCACGUGUUGAGCCUAUCCCCGACAUGCCUCUGUCGCCGGACGGUGAUGGGGCCGCCGAAUUCCACGGGUUUGUGAACACGCAAAAGCUUGUCGCUGUCAAGAUCAUUGAACAUGGCCCUGCUGGGGGUGCUGAUGAAGGUAGGUUGGAGGUGUCGCUCAAGCGCGAAGUGGAGAUCUUGAAAUCAGUCAACCACCCAUCUCUGGUUCAACUGAAAGCAUUCGGCAGUGACGACAAACGCGCUUUAUUGGUCCUCGAUUAUUGUCCUGGUGGAGAUUUGUUUGAGUUCGCGACAUCGGGAGCUCCUCCCAUGUCCCCCGGCUUGAUUCGACGCAUCUUUACCGAGUUGGUCGAUGCUGUGCGCUAUCUGCAUUCUCAUUACAUCGUUCACCGGGACAUCAAGUUAGAAAAUGUUCUGCUGACCAUGCCCGCCCAUGUUAUGGAUGACGUGAAAGACUGGCGUACCUAUGAUCGUGCUGUGGUCACACUCAGCGAUCUCGGCCUGUCACGACGUAUACCCGAACCUCCCGAGAGCCCACUCCUACAGACACGUUGUGGCAGUGAAGACUAUGCAGCCCCCGAAAUUCUGAUGGGUCAGGCCUACGAUGGUCGCGCUACGGACGCCUGGGCACUUGGUGUCUUGCUCUAUGCCAUCAUGGAGAACCGCUUACCCUUCGAUGUUCUACCCGGCACUCGUGGAGACCCUGCCAAACUUCGCGCUCGAACCCCCCAUCGGAUCGCACGUUGCGAAUGGGCUUGGUACAGAUAUGCCGAUGAGGACGAGGAAUGGGAUCCCGAGAAGGGCAAAGGACUUGAUGGGGCUCGUGACUGUGUGGAAGGUCUUCUGAAACGCACCACGAGGCGCAAAACCCUUGAUGAGAUUGCCGCCAUGGAAUGGGUGCGUGAUACCAUCAACGUACCUGGUGGCUUGAAACGAGGCGAUAAAGAAGUGCCAUAG